UGUCGUGUUGCACGGGUGUCCGGUCGCUUAUUGAGAAGUUUUUUCUAUCUUUGGGUAAACCGAAGCUUGCAGUCUUGGCCCAGAACUUGGCGAUAUUCGCGGCGCUGCCGCUUUUUUCAGAGACUCUGCGUUUUGGCGUAAACCUUCUUAACGAGCUUGCAAGUUUGCCCUGCUGCGAUUGACUUAAGAUCCAGCACUUGGAGGAAACUCUUACUUGUAUCUUUGUUCCCGGCUUGUCCUAUAAACAAAUAGGAUACGUAUUUUAAACCGCAGCCUAUCGGUCUUAAACGCGGCCGUUCUAAUGUUUUUUCCACUGUUGAACUGCGGCGCAGGAACACAAAUACUGCAAUCAAAGUUGCGUAACUGAGCGAAGUAAGCAUUAUUAAAUUCAAUAAAUAUGCUUACAGUAGAUUAAUUGCACUUCUGUUUCUAGAGUGGAAUGUAGCUUAUAACAUUUGACAGUAACGUUCGAGUAUGUCGAUUGCUAAAAGUGUCGUCAUGGUAACAUAUGAAACUUUCAUAUGCAUCGAAAAAAACGCCACUUUCAACGCGACAUUGCAAGCAGUGAGAUACGGAGAUAAAAAUGGAGUCAGCAAGUGAAAAUCAAGAAAUUCCAAUGCUGUUGCUGAUCGACACAAUUAACCAGAUGAUUACCGACGAGCAGGCCGCAGGGCACAUGAAUACCGGCGACAAAAUUUAUGUGUUCGUCCAAACCUCGGAGGAGUUAUCUAGGACGUUGGGAAAAACUAUCACCUUUCACCAAGUAAUCGACAGUUACAACCGUUACCGGGAGAAGUUUGACGCGGUGAACGCGAAGGUUAAAUACCUUAAGAAAGGUGCGAGCCAAUUGACUUUAGACGAGAUUCGGAUUUACAAAAUAUUCAAGAAAACUAAAUACUAUUUAUGAGGCAAAGAUAUAUUUUUGAUUGUAUAAUUCUAUUUGAUUAUUAUAAAGUAUGAUUUUGAAUAAAAUAAAUUAAACUUUUGCAGGGAAACCGGCGCACGAGGCACUUCUCUACUUCUUGGUGCUUCAAUGGUGAUUUUCUGAAUAUCAAUUAUUCGGUUUUGCAUCCCCUUUUUUGUUUCAUGAAGUAAAACGUCACAAUGAUUUAUAAAUAAAAUGUUUUCACGAAAGUGUGCGCAUCAGAACUUGAUUUUUUAGAGUCUGUAAAGCGGUUAGGUGCGUUGAUUUUGUUUUGUUGAUAAUGCGAGCCCACUUUAUAGCGAAACGUUAGUAGAUCGCUGGAGCAACGCUCUCGGAGCUUUCGCAAAAGUGUG